AGUAAGUUAGAGGAGAAACUGGGCUCCUGAGCAGCCACUUACACAGUCAAUCUAGGACUAGUCCAUCAUGCUCUCCUGGAGGAUACUGGUUGGACUUUUCUGCUGCAGCAUCAAAGCACAGGUCACACAAUGCCACAUUAAAGCUCUAUUUCCAGGUGUGACUAGGGUAAAAAGAGGAUUAACAACGAUGGCAAACCCAACAUUCUACGAGUCUCCUAAUGACGCUCAUCUGUUGUUUGAGAUCCUGAUGGCUGGUAUACAUUUGGAGCACAACGGAGCAUUUUCUGUCAACGACGCUGAACUGUCUUCACUGCAGAAGAAGAGAACUUUGAACGUCAUCUGCGAGGAAAUCAUUCCUAGGAACCUAACAGAUAUUUCUCAGCUCGUAGUUGACCUUUCAAGUCAUGUUGGUGCCCUGCAUCAGGAUGAUUUUGAGCGUACCCUUUUGACUUUGGUAUACACUACCCAAAAGUUGGUCAGUUCUAUUGAUGAACAAAGAAAAAUAUGGGAAGAGUCGUUUGUUGGUUUAUACAAAGCCAUAAAGAAAGACUUAUUGACAAACUGAAUAAACAUUACUACAGUUAGUUCCAUGUUUAACUUUAAUAUACAGUUACAAAAAAAUCCAUUACAAUAAGACAAUAGUCUGAGUUUGCACAUUCGGGACUAGUUGCAUUUUUUAAUCAUCUUGAAAUACCUCAGAAGCUUUCAUCA